CGUGCCGGGGUGGGUCGCGCCCAACGGCUGUGCCGCGUGUGUGGCGGCGAAGGCAGAGGCCGAGGCCGAGGCGGCCGCAACGGAGCCGCCGGCUGUCCGUCCGUCCGACCGCCGUAUCUAAAUGGCUGAUCCAGAGAAAGGAAAGAAAACCUUUGUGCAAAAAUGUGCUGUGUGCCACACCAUUGACAAGGGUGGAAAACAUAUGGUUGGACCUAAUCUCUGGGGUAUUUUUGGACGUAAAACUGGAUCUGCUGCAGGAUAUCACUACACUGAAGCAAACAAGAAUAAAGGGAUUACAUGGGGAGAGAAUACCCUAAUGGAAUAUUUGGAGAAUCCUAAAAAAUACAUUCCUGGAACAAAAAUGCUGUUUGCUGGUCUCAAGAAGAAAAGUGAACGCACUGACCUAAUUGCUUAUUUAAAAAAAGCAUCAUCAUCAUGAAUAAAUCCUUUAAUAAAAUGUUUAAUUUAA